AUGUUGGAGUCUCUAAUACCACAACACUUCUGGCCAUUUAUGGGUCUGGCCAUGACCGCGUCUUGGGUUCUCGGACUGAGUAUGGUCAUGUGCGGCAAGAAGAAUAAGGGAGCAAGUGUGGCAAUGCCCUCUCCCGCGCAAUCCCAGAGCUCGGCUAUGAGUAAUGUGAAGGUAAUUUGAUAAUAAUUUUUUGGGUUUCAGUCUAAAAUCAGAUGUGCUUCCAAGAAAAUCAUGAUUUUGCAAUCUAACCGGCUUUUUUCAGGAGAAAUCUACCGCGAAGCCUGUAUCAGCCGCUGCACAGCCAGCCCCGGCGAAGACUCCAACGGUCGAAAAAAAGGUGAGCUGACUUGUUAAAAUCUAGUUAAAACCUCAAAAAAAAACUUUUUUUUCACUCCAAAUUUUCCCAUAAUCCUGAACCUCAAAUUUUCAGAAGAGUGAAAAGGAAAAAUCCGAGGUGAAGGAAGAGAAACCGGCCAAGGAGAAGUCGGCGAAGAGCAAGAAACCACCAGUCGCCGCGCCCGGCGCACCUAAGUCGAUGAGGAGAAAGAAGGACGCGCCUCCGCCAGAGGAUAAGAAGGACGAGGAGGAGGAUAACGGAUACGAGAGCUGUCCCGACAUGACUCCCGAGCAGUUGGCCAAGGUCGUGGAGGAGAACCCCAAGUAG